UAAACCAAACACUGCUCAUUUCCUCCAUUUUUUUUUUCUUUCGAAAAUCUCAGAAACUCAUUCUCGCAUUUUAAUGGCGAAACCUAAGGAAGACGAGAAAUUGGACGGUUUGGAAAUCAAUUCCAUUGGAUCUCUGUACAGCGGGACUUGGGACAAGAAGUACUGGAGCAGCUCUAGGGGAAAAGAUCGAUAUCCUUAUCCUGUAGGGUAUCAAGUUGUUCGAGCAUAUAAUGGGAGCACAUAUAAAAUUGAAAUUCAUGAAGGUCCCAAGGGGCCUUCGUUUGUGAUUUCUUCUGAUGGACAUUCAUGUUCUGGGCAAACUCCAGAUAUUGCAUGGGGGAAAUUUCAAAAGAAUGGUUGCCCUCGCACAAAGACAUUGAAUGGCAAGAGAUUUUCAAGCAAAAUAGAUGGGGUGGAGUUUUUUGGGUUUAAAAAUCAAUUAGUCCAAAGACUACUUCGGGAACUGGUGGCAAAUGUCAAUGGAACUGCAGAGCGAAGUUUGCUUUCCUCCAACUUCUGCAAUGGGGCUUCUAGAACUGAUCAUGACAUUCGACACCCAGAUGCGUGUACAGUUCCUGAUUUGCUACCAUUUUUGGCAAAACCACAGAACACAGGAAAGAGAAGUAGGAAACGUGAAAUCAUAAGUGCAAAGGCAGUUAAUGGGGCUAGACUUAAAAGAUCCCGACCUCAGGAUCUAGUUUAUGAUACUGAUACUUCAAGAUUAACACAAGAGAAUCAGAGGAAUUAUAAUCGUGGGUGUUUCAUGCCUGCCUCUGCUUCAGAAGAAGAGUAUGACGUUUGUAAACAUCCAGGGGCUUUACCAGCAUCAGUGCACUUAAUAUCUGGAAGCAGAACAGGGGCUUUACCAGCAUCAGUGCACUUAAUAUCUGGAAGCAGAGGAGAAAAGAGUCACAUAUCAGUCAAAGAUGAGAUGCCAUUGGAUUCUAUUGGCUUCUCUGAUCAUCUCAGAGAGGAAGUUGUCCCCACUCAAGAAGAGAGGGAGCUCGAUGAUUCUGAGAAUUGUAAAUCUGCCGGAAUCACCAACAACUUGCCUGCAGAGGAGAAACCUCUUGGUAGGUUGCUAGAUACUGAGGUGGAGUACAAUUUUCAAAUUGCAACAGAAAACAAAAAUGGAAAUGCAUUUAUUUCAAAAGACUCUCCAGGUGUUCAGGGUGUUGAUCUAUGUGCACCGGAUACCUUUGAGUGUAUGCAAGAUAAUACUUCUAAUUCUGCUCAAAGUUCCCAUGAUAAGAGUACAUACAGUGUGAAAGAAGCGUUAACUGCAGCUGACUUGAUCAUUUCUGAGGGGUUGGUAGAUGAAUCACAUCUACAGGAAGAAAUAGUCACAUCUAAUUCCAAUGCGAAUUCUGAAAAGAGUGAUUGUGAUUCCGUUGGUCAGGAAAUGGUCAAGUCAAUGAUGACAUUUCUGCUUCCACAAGCAGUUCCUUUGCUCAAGAAUUCCUCUAGGAAAAAAAAGGCUCCAGUUAAGUCUCAGGGGGAAAAUACUGAAGGCGCAUACUUUGAAGAUAUCCCACCUGCUGUAACACUUACGAACAAUGUAUAUUUGGAAAAGGAUGAAAGGAUGCAUAUCCAAAGUACAGCUCUUGGGUCUGGACCAAGUUUUGAACAUACCAAGUCUGUUGUUCCUGACAGUUAUGAGGAUGAACAAUGUGGGGAUCUUGUAACUAAGCAGGUGAUACUGUCUUCUGAUAUUGGUGAAGCCGAUCUAGUUACUUUUGAUAAAGACACCUGUCCUUCCAACACUUGGGACACUUGGGGACAGCUUAUUGGGCAGAAUAAGCCAUCAGGCUCUCAUGUUGAAACCAAUGGGAGCAAAGACAUCCUUUGUUACAAUGAAGUGCACGUGACUCUGAAUGAAAAGCCUCAGAAGGGUGAUGGAUGUGUAUCUGAGUCCAUUUUGGCUUGCACAUCACAUGGCAAUAAAAUUCUUCCCAAAAACAUUAAUUCUUGUGCUACCUUGGAUGAGAACCUGUUAGAAGUUGAAAUCCUUUCCAAGGAAAACCACCUCAAUACUGUACCUGAUUGUACUGAAGAUAAUAAUACAAGUGACACUAACCAAAGAGCCGUGAUUAAUUCAAAAAUAUCAUCCAAGGAAAUCAGUGUCAAGAGAGCGGUUGCUGAACCUGGCAUUACAUUCUUUACUCAAACACCAAAUAAAGUGUAUAACCGAAAAAAGGUCCAAAAGAUAUCUCCGUUAUCAAGUAAAAAUAUUGUUCCACUCUCAGAAAGUAUCAUAUGCAGAAACCAUGGAGAGCAUCUUGACCCUGAAACAGAUCCUGCCACUGGAACUUUGCUUGCUUCGGAGAUUCAUCAGUUGAAUUCUUCUGAUGACAAAUCAAGUAAAAGGGACUUAUUUGGAGCUCAAGUCAGGCUUGGAGGACAAUUGCAUGGUUCACACACACAGAAUAUGACUAUUAAUACCAAUAUUGCAAAAUACAAUACAGCUGCUGCUAUGUCACAAAAUCAAGCAAUGUCUUUUGCCUCUGAUGACAAGGAUACUUCAUAUGUUUUUCAACCAUCUGGUUCACAUGUAGAAAAAUCUCAAGUUCAUUUUGACGACAAGCCGGUUGGGAACCGGGAUCCUUUGGAUCCAAAUAGUCCUACUUUAUUUCUGAAUCAGAAUACUAGCUUCUGUGAAAAUAACACUUCGAGUGUCAAAGGUGUUCCAACUAGUUUAGACAUUAAACUUCACAGGAAUUUGGAGCUUAAUAGUGAGCUAAAUGGCAUUGUUGAGCUUGUGGGAUGCUAUGUCCACCCCAUGCCUGUUUCUUCAGUAUUCUUGAGCACCAAGGAUAAUGAAAUCUACAUUUGUGUUUUAUGUGGCCUUCUGGUGGAUAGAGACAAAACCCUAUUCAUCUAUAAGUUAUCAAAAGAGGAACCAAGAGUAGGAUGCCCUUCUUUUGUUGGUCACACGUCCAUAACAUUGCCGAGUCUGAAAGAUUAUUUUGGUAGAGAAGUUGAACUGGAAAGAUCUGGUUUGCAGUUUACUCCAGAUGGCCAGCUUCUUGUUUUAUUUGACAGCAUAAAAACACCUUAUUGCAGGGAAGGGAAAAUCCAGUGCUUGUGUUCAACAUGUAAAUCAGACUGCUUCAAGGACAAUGCAGUAAAGAUUGUGCGAGUAAAAUUUGGUUAUGUUUCAGUUAUUGUAAAAUUGACAACAGUUGACAAUUUGCAGUGUAUGUUGGUUUGUGAACCUAAUUAUCUUGUCACUGUUGGAGAGAGUGGGAGACUGCACCUGUGUGUCAUGAAUUCAACAUGGAGUGCACGGACAGAGGAAUUUAUUUUCCCACCUCGCGACACCGCCUCUCCUGGCAUAAUGGAGUUGAAGAGAAUUCCAAAGUGCGCUUCGCUAGUUGUGGGUCAUAAUGGUUUUGGGGAAUUUAGUAUAUGGGAUAUUUCUAAACGUAUCUUUCUGUCAAGUUUCUCUGCUCCAAGCUCUACAAUUUAUCAAUUCUUUCCAAUCAGUUUGUUUAGUUGGAAAAGAAAAGGCCCUGUUUUUAGCAAUUCUAGUGUUGAUGAAAAUGCCAAAGGGAUUAUGGCUGCAACAAAAAUGCGGUUCUCAGAUAACAGUGAGAAUAGCUCUUUUCUUCCAUUAAAUGGGGAAGAUAUAGCUGUCUGGCUCCUUGUCUCAACUAUUUCUAACUCUGAUGCUCAAAUUAUACCAAGUGAGUGCCAAAAUGAUUCGGUAGGAUGGUGGAGGCUAGCUUUAUUGGUGAAAGAUAUGGUUGUGCUGGGAAGUGCAUUGGAUCCAAGGGCUGUUGCUAUUGGUGCAUCAGCUGGUCAUGGGAUUAUUGGCACAUGUGAUGGACUAGUGUAUAUGUGGGAAUUAUCAACAGGAACUAAACUUGGCAUGUUGCAUCAUUUUAAAGGUGGCAGUGUUUCAUGUGUUGCUACUGAUGAUUCAAGGGCAGGUGCUUUGGCAGUAGCUGGUGAUGGGCAGUUGCUGGUUUAUCUGCACACUCAAUGAAAUUCAUCAUCUUAACAAGGGGACAGAUAUGCCAUUUUUUUGUUCCGUCAGCUGUAAUUAAUAUUCUUCAGGCAGUGCAGCCUAGAUUCCUAUAGCUUCGGUUCAGCUUGGUUACAAAUGUACAUUGUUCAAUUUGUUCAUAUGUUCCAUUGAUCUUGAAGAGAUACUGGAUCAAACCGGAUCCAUUUUUGAAAAUGGGGUAUAAAGUUCACUAUCUUUCUUUUCACAAACAAUCAAUUUCUCCCUUAAUAUUUCCCUUUUCUGA